CGCGAGAGGUGCAGGCAUGCCUUCAAAUGACCCCUCGACCCCCCCUUCCUGGCCUGCAGAGGACAAGAGGAGAUCAUUGGCCAGGCCAGGUCCAACAUGGGGGGGCCACGUGGGGCAGCCUGAGAAGAUGGAAAGGGCCCCCCGUCAUGACCCCCCGAAGCCCAGCUGCCCAGGGAGUGAAGGAGAAAAGGACUCUGGAUUUUCAGACAGGAGCUCGGAGUGCCUGAGUGCCCUUGAGCAGACGGACACCGGGGAUCCGGGCAGCCCCCCCUUGCCUCCGGGGCCGGCCGAGUGGCAGGAAGCCAAGGGGGGUCUCACACCUCUCUACCUCAUCCAGAAUGUGAUCCUCGAACAGACCCUGGGAGUGUCCCCCACGGCCCCCUUCCUGGCCUGGAGCAACCAGCGCCCCCUGGAGACUGCCUACAGCUCUGCAGCCCACCUCCUCCUCUUCCAGGAGCCCACGGCCUCUCUGAAGCCCAUGGUCCCCAGCCAGAAGCCCUCUGCCAAGGAGAUCCGCUUCCCCACCCUUGGCGCUUACCCCAGAAUUGCUCCUCACCCAGGCCGGCAGCCCGAGGAAGCACCCAGCCCAGCGGCAGAGCCCAUCAGGCACAAGCGGCUCUACGUGGGGGAGGCCUGGGCGCCUCCAGAAGCCCCCACUGGAAAGGACAGCUGGGAGAAGUCGCCCGAAGGGUUGCCCACCAGCCUACAGACGGCUGCCCUUGUGUGCCCACAGGCCCCCGCUCAUCCCCCCUUGCCCUGCGCUGGGCGCAGGACGGCUGUCAAAGGCGCCAGGAGACCGGGGGAGCACAGCCUGGUGAGACAGCGCCGCCUGCACAACACGGUGGAGAUCCUGCGCAGGUCGGGGCUGCUGGGCAUCACGCUCCGGACAAAGGAGCUGCUCCGGCAGAACAGCAGGGCCCAGCAGGAGCUGGCCCAGCUGCGGGAAGAGGCCCAGCUGCUCUGCCAGGCCGUCCGGAACAGCGACUGGCAGGCGUGGGCUCGCCUUCAGGGCGCCGUCGGCCACUCGGCAGCCCCCUGCCUGCCCAGCAAGGGGGCCGGCACUGAGACCCCCUUGGGGCAGCAGCCGAAUUUAGCCACUCAGCCCCCCGGCCUGGACACCCCCUUGCCCACCGCCCGGCCCUGCCUGCCCCCCCCCCCCCCCCCCCCCGAGCUCACAUCGGGCCCUGGGCAAAGGCCAGCGUCUCUCUCGCCAAAGGAACUCUCAGCCGCCCCCAGGCCCUGCCUGGCCUUGCCCUGCCAUCCAUCCUUGGUCUCAGGGCGGGCUGGCUUCUCCGGAGCCCCCAGGAUGGGGCUUAGCAGGCACAGGAUCGGAGCCCAGCGAGACGGAGGGGAAGGAAGGCGUUUGGGAAGCUCCCGUCGUGUUGGGCAUUGUUUGCGUCAGCUGUGAGCCUCCGUCUCCAGAGUUCAGGCAGUCGGAAGCGGCGGACCCACCCAAAGGAGUGACAGUCGAGACGCCCCCUCCCGCCGCCCAUCGGCUAGCAACUGCGCUGCCUUGUUCAUCUGGCCACCUGUGCCCUGAAGGAGCUGGUUCUCUGCUGAUGAACUCUGGGCUUGCUCUGCCGUUGCCAGAAGAGGCGCUAAUUAAAAAAAGCAAAAAUCUGGAUGUGAUUCAGCCUUUGUCUUUCGCCCUGUGUGGGUCCGAGGGGGCUGCCAUGGGGUGAAGGUGUGCUGGGGCAGCCACUGCAGGGCAGCAAAACCUCGGAGUGGGCCAAGUCUUGAGCACCCCGGAAUCAGCCCUUC